AUGCAGUCCUACUUGCAAUACCGCCGGAUCUAUAAACAACUGGAGAAACAAAUUGUCGUCAAAGACGAACGGCCCGAGAAUGUUUGGACCAGUGAGCGACGUUAUUCCUAUCGCGAUGGAAGAAUACAGUCCGACUGGAUUGAGGGUGAAGAAGAUGAAGGGGCGAGACGCAGAAAAGAGCACGGCAACCUCACCCCGAUGAGCGGGCCAGCUUUUCUCCCGCGUCACUCCACCCGACAACACAUGGAACGAGACGGGGAUGUCGAACGUGCGGAUUAUGACCCGGAAAUCCAACCCGAUCCCCAGACCCUCAACACGCAGGAGACUCUCGGGGGCACCACGAAUAUGAUGCUCACGGGGGUAGAAAGACCGGCAGAUGGUGUGGCAGACGGUGCCACCGACGAUUUGGCACAAAAAGAUAAGUUCAUUGUCGUCACGUAUGAGGGUGACUAUGAUCCAGUGGAUCCGCACAAUUGGCCUUUCUUUUUGCGUCUGGGAUAUACCAUAAUCGUCUCUCUGAUUGCACUGACCAUGCUCUGGGCGACUACCAUUGAUUCAACGGUCAACGCCUCCGCAAGGGCCGUCUUUCGCACGAGCUAUGAACUUGAGUCGGUGCCAACAGGCGUGUAUCUGAUCGGUAUUGGAAUCGGCGGGCUACUAAUGGCGCCCAUCUCCGAAGUCAUUGGACGGAAUGCUGUGUAUAUUCCGUCGUUGUUCUUGUUCAUGCUCUUCACUAUGGGAACCGGACUUGCUAAAAACGUGGGCCAGCGGAUCGCCUGUCGUUUCUUAGCUGGUUUCUGUGGGUCGACUCCGGUAGUUGCCGCCGCAGGCUCCCUCGUUGAUCUUUGGUCACGAAUUGAGCGUAUAUAUGCCUUUUCCUUGUAUUCGACUCUGGCAUUCAUGGGCCCUCUCGUGGCACCGACACCCGGUUCAUUUAUUAACCAGCAGCCAGUGAUCAAUUGGCGCUGGGUCGAUUGGAUUACCAUCAUUCUUGCCGGUCUGGUUUUAGGUCUUGUCGUGUUAUUCCUGCCGGAAACAUAUAGCCCCUUACUCCUCCGUUGGAAGGCAAAGCAACUUCGCCGCCUCACAGGGGAUAAUCGAUACCGGGCACCCUUGGAAGUCAAGAAAAUACCGUUCUUUCGUCGCCUCGGUCAUGCGUUAUAUCGACCCUUAAUUUUCUUCGCCACAGAACCUAUCAUUAUGGUAUUUACGGUCUACCUGUCCGCUCUUUUCAUCGUUCUCUACACUUGGAUUUCCGGUUAUGUUUUUAUCUACCAGGGCAUCUACAAAUUCAACGAAGGUCAAGUCGGUAUGGCGCUGCUAGGAGUCGCCGUUGGCGUUCUAUUAGGCAAUCUCUUUGUGCCGCUGGCCCUCAAAUUCCUUCGCAAAGACAUUCGCCGGGCUCAUGCUCGGGGCAAACCGCGUCCCGAUCCCGAAGUGAGCUUAUAUAUGGCCAUGUUUGGAGCGCCCGCGAUUCCUAUCUCACUGUUCUGGAUGGGCUGGACGGCUCGCCCUUCGAUCUCAUUCUGGUGCCCACUUGGUGCCUCGGUGCUCUUUGGCGUUGGCGUCUUUUGUAUUUUUGUAUCCUCAUUCCAAUAUGUCGCUGACGCAUUCGAAUUCCACGCGGCCAGCGCACUCGCCAGUAUUCAUAUGUUCCGGUUUGUGGCCGCCGGAGUGAUGAGGGUGAUCGCCCGCAUCUUUUAUGACAACGUGGGCAUCCCAUGGACAUUGACGAUUUUGGGGCUUAUUUUGACCGCGUUACUGCCUGUGCCGUAUGUUUUGUAUUGGUACGGGCCUGUUAUAAGAGGCUGGAGUCGGUAUUCGGCGAUUUCAUCGUGA